GUCAUUCUCGCGCGAUGACAUCACCGUAAUCGAAUUAGCUCAGCGCGUAGAAAACAACAACAACAAGAAAAACAACAACAACAUAUAAUAUACAUAUAUGGUCGAAAACCAUGGAGACACAUUCUCCAUUAGGUUUUUCUUUAGGAUGCUUGUUGGUUUUUAGCAGUUUAGGAUUUGUGAAAGCUUGGCAUGGUUUCAACAAUUUCCGAUUCCACUGUUGGCCUCUUACAGCAUCAGAGGCUCAACAAACACCACUGGAUGACGAUGCCUGUGAUGAUGCCUUUAAGGUGAAAUGGGUUUUUCCACCACCAGAUGAAAUGCGUGCUCAAGAAAAUUUCAGCGUCACAUACAACCUAGAAGUUAAGCCAAACUUCUAUAAGUGGGCAGUAGACAAUGGAUAUUUUGAUGGAGUGGGACCAGGUGACCUAACGACAGAAGCACAGGCAAAAACAUGGUGUGAAACCACCCCUUGUCCAACAGGUGUGACCGUAAAAAAGACACAUUGUUGUAUACACCAUGUGAAUGUACACUCUUGUCCAAAAGCAGAACAAGGUUUAUGUGGACCGUGGCUGAAACACGACGGAUCAACUUACACACAUUCGGCUGUAAUAGUUGGACCAGUUGAUCAAGGAAAUUGGACAAGUACUAUACCAGGGAUUGCCCAAGAUGGCUUGACAGAUUUGAUAGCCCAUUUCAAGAUUGCUAAUAUGCAACUGGCCUUGCAAGCAACCAUAAGAGUUCUUCCAAGAACAGUCUGUGGUGAUGGUAAGUGUGAGACAACAGAGGGAGAAGAUUGCGAGGUGUGUCCAAAAGAUUGUGGUCGGUGUCCACUGAAAGCCUGGGAGAUAGCUCUUAUAGCAGUUGCAGGAGUUGUAUUUAUUGGUACAAUAGCUGGUAUAUAUGGGUAUUUUGCUUGGCAGAGGAGGAAGCUGUUAUGGGAUGAGAAAUGGAUUAUACCUUUUGAAGAUAUUAAAUUAGAUGAGGGUCUACGGGGAGCCUUUGGGAGCAUGAUUGGGAGUGGAUUAGAUAUAGAUAAGAAACAAUCUGCAGGUGGGGUGAGUGUGAUGCAAACUGGUGGGAAACAAGUUUUUGCUCAGCUUGCAACAUAUGAUGGCCGUAGUUGUGCAGUUCGUCCAGUAGCAAAGCAGGAGUUCACUCUCACCAAAAAGAUUCGACUUGAAGUCAGGGAAAUAAGAGAAUGUGACAAUGCGAACUUGUGUAAAUUUGUUGGUGCUUGUAUUGAGGUACCAAACAUGUGUAUACUGAAUGAGUAUUGUCCAAAAGGAAGUCUUCUUGAUGUUGUACUUAAUGAAGAAGUCCCACUCAACUGGGCAUUCAGGUUUUCAUUUGAAGGUGACAUUGCUAGAGGAAUGGCAUACCUCCACUCCCGCAAGAUCAUCCAUGGUCGUCUGACGUCCAGCAACUGUGUUGUGGAUGACAGGUGGACAGUAAAAAUUUCAGAUUAUGGUUUGAAUCUCUUGCGAGCUAACGUGCUCGUAGAUCCAUUAGCGCAGGAAGAGCUGGCUUUUAAAAACAGACGUACACGCAUAUAUAUGGCCCCAGAAUUUGCAGCUGCAGACCCAUAUAAUUAUGAUGCAACUAUGGCAGGGGAUGUUUAUGCCUUUGCUAUUAUUAUGAUUGAAAUUGCAAUAAGGAAUGAUCCAUAUGGGGAUGAGGAUUGCUUUAGCCUACCACCAACAUGGAAGCCCCCACUUCCGAACUUUGAUCCAGAAAUGUUUGAGAACAAAGAUGAUAUCUGUCCUUGUCCAGAGCAAUACAUUCAGUUGAUUGAAGCAUGCUGGGAAGAUGAUCCUGCUCAGCGACCAACAUACAAUCAUAUUCGAGCAACAGUGAAGAAGAUUAACCCAAGUAAACUAAGUGCUGUAGAUCUUAUGAUGGCAAUGAUGGAAAAAUAUUCUCGGCACUUGGAGACCAUUGUAGGAGAACGUACUGCAGACUUAGUUGCAGAAAAAGCCAAGACUGAUCGUCUUUUAUACAGUAUGUUACCUAAAGCUGUUGCUGAUGACCUCAGACAAGGAAAAUCAAUUGAUGCCAAGUUUCAUGAUAUCUGUACUAUAUAUUUCAGUGAUAUUGUUGGAUUCACCACAAUUUCUGGUAGAAGUGCCCCCAUACAGGUUGUGGGUUUGCUGAACAAGCUGUAUGUCACCUUUGAUGACAUCAUUGACAAGUAUGAUGUAUACAAAGUUGAAACAAUUGGAGAUGCUUAUAUGGUAGUGUCGGGGAUUCCAAUCUUCACAGAACAUCACGCCAGUGAAGUUGCCAAAAUGUCAAUUGACCUUGUUAUUGCCUGUGAAUCAUUUGUCAUACCCCACAUGCCAGAUGAACCGCUAAAGAUAAGAGUUGGUUUACAUACAGGUCCAGCAUGUGCAGGUGUGGUUGGCAUUAAGAUGCCGAGGUACUGUCUGUUUGGAGACACUGUUAACACAGCAAGCAGAAUGGAGUCUAAUAGUGAGGCAUAUAAAAUCCAUAUCAGUAACCCUUGCUAUGAACAGUUGGUGAGAUAUGAAAAUGUGUUUGAUAUGGAAAAGAGAGGAACAAUUGCUGUUAAGGGUAAAGGAGACAUGUUAACUUGGUGGUUAAAUGGAUAUAUGCCUACCUACAAGGAGGGGAAAAAGUCGAGAGAUGGAAGCGGACAGGGCAGCCAAGUGAUAGCCGUAAGGGAAUCACAAACAAGACAAGAUAAUGCAUAAAGUCACUGACGAGUGUAUGAAAACUGGAAAAUAGUGUACAAGGAAAGAGAUUGAUUAAGAGGCUGAAGUCGUUGUAUUCAGUGCUGCCACAAAUAUAUUUCUAUUUAAGGGAUAUCAAGGCUUCAACGUUUCAAUGUGUACUGUGAAAUCAUUAAUAUUCGUGGGGGACUAAUUUUCGUGGUUGAGUCAAUCCACGAAAUUUAAUCCCAACGAACAAUUAAAAUUCCCCUUCAUUUUAUGUUCAAAAGUUUAAAUCCACGAAUUCAUAUCCCCACGAAAUUGCCGUUUUGACCAAAACCACGAAAUUUCAUGCCCACGAAAUUUAAUGAUUUCACAGUAUGUUUUGGUUGAUUGGAAAACAUUUACAAACUUUCUACCUGGUUAAACAAAAUGGUCAAGUGUAAAACCAUCAAAAUAUUGUACUGCUCAUAAAACUGAACAAAGUGUUUUCCUGUCUGUUAGUGUAAAAUGUUACCAAAGAUAACCUUGAAUGCGAGUCUGAGCAGGCAUUUAUGACUUUGGUCCGCUGGUAAUAGAAGCAGAAAAACGUGUAGGGUUACACUGAAGGCAAGAACUGAAGGCCGUUUAAACAGUAUUGUGUGUUUGAUUGUGAAAUGUUUACAAAAUUUAUUAAGGUGGGAGCCUAAGGGGACAGACUUAAUAUUGGCAACAAAAAUUCUUGUCAGAAAAGAAUAAAUUCGCACUUGGAUUGAAACUCUACUAUUAGUAUACCUUGCUUGAAGAAGAAAAAUGUGAACAGGGUUUGGCACUAACAUGUUUUCUAAGUAUCCAGAAGGACUCCUCAAGUUUUUGACGUGGGGGUGCAGUGAUGGGGGUUCCUAAUUUUGAAAAAUUUCCACAAUUCUAGGUCGUGAAAACCAGUUACAAGUGAAGGUCAGAGGCAACUUUUAGACAUGGGUACUAAACCAAUGUGUUGAAUCGAUUAGAUUGAACAAACUGGAAAUGUAAACCAAAGCUUUUAUCUGGUUAAGAAGUAGCCUGGGAAGCCGUUGAUAAUAUUUGUGCUUUGUCAGAAGAAAUCAUACCUAAUAUCUAUGCAUUAAAGAUCCCACUUAUUUGCGCUAUGUUGAAAUCAAAUAUUAAUUAUUAAUCCCCCGCCGUGGCGGAGGGAUUAUAGGAAUGGUCUGCGUCCGUCCUUCGUCCGUAACAAAUUCGUGUCCGGUCCAUAUCUCCUAAACACCUUGAAGGAUUUUCAUGAAACUUGGGUCAAAUGAUCACCUCAUCAAGACGAUGUGCAGAACCCAUGAGUCAGCCUUGUCGGUUCAAGGUCAAGGUCACAACUCAAGGUCAAAGGUUUGAGCCUGCCAUUUUGUGUCCGCUCUAUAUCUCCUAAACCCCUUGAAGGAAUUUUAUAAAACUUGGGUCAAAUGAUCACCUCAUCAAGAUGAUGUGCAGAACCCAUGAGUCAGUCAUGCCGGCUCAAGGUCAAGGUCACAACUUAGGGUCAAAGGCUUGAACCUUCCAUUUUGUGUCCGCUCUAUAUCUCCUAAACCCCUUGAAGGAUUUUCAUCAAACUUGGGUCAAACGAUCACCUCAUCAAGGCGAUGUGCAGAACUUAUGAGUCAGCCAUGUCAGCUCAAGGUCAAGGUCACAACUGAAGGUCGAAGGUUUGAACCUUCCAUUUCGUGUCCACUCUGUAUCUCCUAAACCCCUUGAAGGAAUUUUAUAAAACCUGGGUCAAAUGAUAACCUCAUCAAGAUGAUGUGCAGAAAUUAUGAGUCAACCAUGCCAGCUCAAGGUCAAGGUCACAACUAAGGGUCGAAGGUUUGAGCCUUCCAUUUGGUGUCCACUCUGUAUCUCCUUAACCCCUUGAAGGAUUUUCAUCAAACUUUGGUCAAAUGAUUACCUCAUCAAGAACUCAUGAGUCAGCCAUGUCAACUCAAGGUCAAGGUCACAACUGAAGGUCAAAGGUUUCAGCUCUGUAUCUCCUAAACCCCUUGAAGGAUUUUCAUGAAACUUUGGUCAAAUGAUCACCUCAUCAAGACGUUGUGCAGAAUUCAUGAGUCAGCCGUGUCAGUUCAAGGUCAAGGUCACAGCUAAAAUCAAAGGUUUUACCCUUCACUAUCCAUAGCAGUGGCGGGGGAUUUAGCUGUCUUUCAGACUGCCUUGUAUAAAUUCAAUCACAUUUCAAACCCAGAAAAUCAUGAAAAGCAUUUUAUUAAUGCUAAACCAACAUCAAAUAUCGGCCCUAUGACUUAUCAAAUCAAUGUCGUGAAAAUAUUUUUCUACUGUUGCGGGUGGAGUAAUAUACGAAGAAAACGAAAAUUAAUGCACAAUGCGCUAUGAAAUGGGAGCAUUUUCGGUAGAUUUCUUGUGUUAUAUUCGUAAAUAUUCGGUUCGGGACAUGGCGAAUGAUGAAUACAAUUUGGACAAAACUGUAAUUGACUAAAUCGAAUAUUCGAAUGUAUCGUUACAGCCCUACUUGUCUAUAGCCCGUAAAUGUUCGGAAACCUUUGGAAGUACACGAUUUCGAUAUGUCUUUUCAGUGAGAAUUCCGUUUAUAUUUUUAGCCAUGGAUUAUUGCUUUCAGAAGUUAUUGUUCUUUAUCAAACACCAGCAUAUUUUGGGUGUAAUAUAGGUGGUGCUGUGGUCAGAAAACAGGUUUCCCCAGGCUGUCAAUUUGCAGGUAGAAAAAAAAAUAUUGUCAGACUGGAUUCCAACUUGCUAGUUAAGAAGUAGCAUUUCAAUGAAAGAGUUAUGCUGAGAUAAGGGAUCCUAACAGGCUUGCUACCUAGCUGUCAGAGAAAAUUGUCCUAGUUAUCAAGGACUCUCUGGGCCCUGGGAUCCUGUUAUUGUCAAACCCUGGUGAAAUAUAUUAGUUUAAGAGUACACAAGAUGUAUAGUACAGAAAAUGCAAGAGAUCUAGGUUUUUGAACAUUUGAGAAUAAAGCAAAGAUUAAAAACAAAUAUUAAUCAGUUCCAGUAUUCUUGGAGUCAGUGAAGUGUUGUUGUAGGUUCAAGAAAACAGAAAGUUUUUAGUGUUUUUUUUUUUUUUUAAAUGCAUGGAUUCUGUCAGAAUGGAUGUGUGAAUGUGUAUAUUUUUAACAGUUUAAAUCUUUUUAGACAGGAAGUUGAUUUGUGUUUGUUGUAUAUUGUAUUCUUGUAUAUAGCAAAGUUUGUGUAAACAGUUAUUGUUGAUGUUUUUACAUGAAAUCGGUGUUAAAUCACAGAAAGAGUAGCCAUGUUUAUAAAUAUCAUUUGUAUAUGAAUAUGUAUUAGAAUUAUCGGCAGUAAAAUGGAAUGAAAUGCUAUUUUAAUAAAAAUUACUGUUUUAUAGGUUUUCAUCAGUUCUGGUAAAGUUCAUGUAAAUGAUUUUUGCAAGAAUGAUCCGUUUUAACUAAAUAUUUAUGGAUGCGACAUGAGAGUGAAUUUUGGCAAUUCUGAUUGCCCCAGGGGUAGCUUCUGUCAUGUUUGUAAAUUAAAGGAGGGGUAGCGGACGAACAGUAGGAAGUUGUUCUCAAUGAAAAGCUCAGAUCUGGACUCUACAUAACACAAUUAUUUAAAUGUGGUUGCUAUUUUAAAAUGUUUUUCACAAUACUGCAUUAAAUUUCAACUUUGGAUAGUCCUCGGAGUUGUUUCAGCAACUGUAAAGUACCAAGAAAGUACAAAGUUAAUUAAAGACUUGUUAAAUCUAGAGUUAGGCAUACAGGUAAUCGGCUAUUCCCAUAUAAUGCUUUCUCAAGGUAUUUUUUGCAUUGCCUAGUAAGGUAUGUAAUAACUUCCAGCAACAGUGUAAGCACUUUGUGUCGAAACUGUCUUUAUCUUUGUCACAAUAAAGAUGUAGAUAAAAUAUUCUUUAUGUGUACUAAUCAGAACUUAUUUCCAUAAUAUGUUCCUUGAAAAAUAUAUGAGUUUCAAGUUGCCAUAAACUUUUACAGUUUCAGAUGGGUCUAAAUCUGGUUGACUUUUGAAAGUUAAAAAUGUGUCCUACCACUUGCGUCCGUGACCAAAGGACUUCAAGGUAGCAGAUGUUUUUCUUGAAUUUAUUCUUGUUUAGUGUCUUUAUAAAUGUGUAAGGCAGUACGAUAUUUUUGUAAAUAACAUGUUUUUGAAGGAA